AUGGCGGAUGUCAAAAAACCUAUUGAUCUGAGGCCAAUAACGCCUGUUGAGCAUGGAGCUAUUGUUGAGGCUCCAGAUGCUCCGGCUGGAGAUACAGAGUUACUGGCGACUCUGGGUUACAAGCAAGAACUCCGCCGCCACUACUCUACUGUCCAAAUCUUCGCCGUCGCUUUCAGCAUCAUGGGUCUCCUCCCUUCUAUCGCAUCCACCCUCUCCUUCUCGAUGCCCGCCGGUCCCGUCGGUAUGGUCUGGGGCUGGCUGAUAGCAAGUUGUUUCAUCUUCAUCGUCAGUCUCGCAAUGGCCGAUAUGGCCUCCGCCAUGCCCACAGCCGGUGGUCUAUAUUUCUGGACACAUUACUACUCUGCUGAGAAAUGGAAGAACCCUCUCAGUUUCGUGGUAGGGUAUAGUAAUACCAUUGGGUUGAUCGGCGGUAUCUGCUCAAUUGACUACGGAUUCGCAAAUAUGCUUCUCUCCAUGAUCUCCAUCGCGCGGGAUGGGAACUGGACCGCUUCUCGUCCCGUUAUCUACGGGACUUAUGUCGCGACUGUGUGCGCGCAUGGAUUUAUCGCUACAUUCUUUGGACGGGUCAUGCCAAAGAUUCAGUCCAUGUGUAUCUUUCUGAAUAUUGGACUGGUCGUUGCGACGGUCAUUGCGCUGCCUAUUGGUAAACAUGAGAACGCGCCGCCGGUCAACUCGGGCAGUUAUGUUUUUGGUCAGGUUGAGAAUCUUACUACUUGGCCUACUGGGUGGGCGUUUAUGUUGGCGUGGUUGUCACCUAUCUGGACUAUUGGUGCGUUUGAUUCUUGCGUCCAUAUGAGUGAGGAGGCGACUCAUGCAGCGAGGGCUGUGCCGCUGGGUAUUAUUGCUUCCUCUGGGCUGUGUGGGAUCCUCGGGUUUUUGUGCUUGGCUGUUAUUGCAGCGAGCAUGGAUACGGACAUUGAGGCAAUUCUUAGCUCGAAGUUUGGCCAGCCUAUGGCUCAGAUCUAUUACGAUGCUCUUGGAAAGCAAGGUGCCCUUGGCUUUAUGGCUGUGGUAGCAUCCGUCCAGUUCUUCAUGGGAUUAAGUAUUGUCCUCGCCGCCUCUCGACAAAGCUGGGCAUUCUCUCGUGAUGGCGCCCUCCCCUUCUCAUCAUUCUUCCGCAAAGUCAGCCAACAUAAAUUUAUGCGCUACCAACCCGUCAACAUGAUCUGCGGCGUGGUCCUUAUCUCGGUCUUGAUCGGUCUCCUAUCCCUAAUCGACGCUGCCGCUGCCAAUGCCCUGUUCUCGCUCGCUGUCGCCGCUAAUGACCUCUCAUGGCUAACCCCUAUCUUGGCACGUCUCGUUUGGGGUAAAGACCGCUUUGUGCCUGGGGAGUUCUAUACGGGAAAAUAUCUGAGUAAGCCCAUUGCAUGGGUUGCAGUUAUUUACAUGAUAUUUGCUAUCAUACUCUGCAUGUUCCCGACUGAAGGGCCCAACCCGACUCCUGAGGAUAUGAACUAUACUAUUGUUAUAAACGGGGCUCUUUGGCUUGGCUCUGCUCUAUAUUAUGUUCUCUAUGCGAGAAAAACUUUCACUGGACCUCAAACUACGGUAGGGCCGGAGGAUGAGGGUAAGAUGGCUGCAGCGAAAGUAGUAUCGGAACACUAG